AUGAAAAAUCGAGUCCUGUUAACUAAUCGACUUUAUUUUUCUAUUGCUUCCAGGUACAUAUUUUCGCUGGCCCUGGCCGAUUUGCUGCUGCUUCUCGUUUGCGUCCCGCUGGCAUCGCUCAUCUACACCCUGGAAAGCUGGCCGUGGGGUGUAACGCUGUGCCGGAUAACGGAGUGCUUCCGGGAGAUCAGCAUCGGCGUAUCGGUAUUCACACUGACGGCAUUGGCAGCGGACCGGUACUGUGCCAUCGCCAAUCCACUGCGGAAGCUACAGACCCGUCCUAUAACGGUCAUCGUGGCCGUUUUCAUCUGGCUACUGGCCAUCGCUCUUUCGAUUCCAUCGGCAACGAUUGCCGACGUCGUGGUGGUGGAAAUUCCGAAUAACACCAUCGAGUAUUGUUCCCCUUUUGGGCAACGGUCCAACGAAUCAGUCAUUUAUUCCAAAUACAAGACGGUCAUCAAUUCGGUGGUUUACUACUUCCUGCCGUUGACGAUCAUCGCCAUCCUGUACAUCCUGAUGGCCUACCGGUUGCACGUGAGUGCCCGGGACAUGCCCGGUGAAACGUCCGGUCCCCAGAGUAGGUCCCAGGCCCGGGCACGGCGUCACGUGGCCCGGAUGGUCAUCACCUUCGUGGUGGUGUUCAUCAUCUGCUUCCUGCCGCACCACGUGUUCGCGCUGUGGUUCCAUCUGAGUCCGAAUGCCCUGUACGAGUACGAUUACUUCUGGCACAUACUGCGCAUCACGGGGUUCUGUUUGAGCUUCCUCAACUCUUGUAUAAAUCCGGUGGCCCUGUACUGCGUGUCCGGUGUCUUCCGGCAGCACUUCCAUCGGUACCUAUGCUGUCGGCAUACUGCUGUUCAGCGGCGGAUCGGAAUGUCCUCGGCGGGAAACGCCUGUGAAACGAGCUUCGUAUCGACAAUACGCCGUUCGCAGCACAAUCACCAUAACAGCAUCCGCAAGUCCUUGUCGGUGCACUCGGUCCAGAGCACGAAAAGGUGAGAAAGCGUCCGGCUGACGGUUUACUUCCAGGAUACCGGAAACGGUCGCGGUGGGACUGGUGUUGAUGGAUCGUCCGCCGGAAAUGGCAUCAGCCGGAAUGGUGGAUCAUCAACCAAGGGUGGUCGGAAAUGAUGGUUCGGAAAGCGGUCCCCGGCAGAUCGUCGGUCCCCGGCAACGACGCUAGAGAAUCGAAUCGACGAAGAGACACCGAGCCGGAUGUCCCAGGAGGCCGAGUACGGAACCGUAGCGCGGACCUAGCUCAAUUUCCGUUCCGGCAGCAGAAGCGAAAGAGGUCGGAACAAGGAUAUCUUUACAAUCGACUAAUUCAAUUAGUAGGAAAAUCCUUGCAAACACUCAAACAAACUCGAACGAAUUUACUCUAUAUAGGCUGUCCUCACGAUGUGAAAAGGGCAGAAUAGCAGCGUAUCAUCCAGUCAGAGGCGUAUUUUAAGGAAGGUCAUACGUAAGUGAUGAAAAAAAAUUCCAAAAUUGUCAUUCUACUGUACAUUAAACUCAACGGAUCAAAGUUUUGAUUUAUCCUAACAAACAUAAACUUUCCCAAACGGAAUUUUACAAAAACAUUAACGGUGUCUUUCCGGAUAUUUUUAUUCCAACAGAACCGCCAUCUCUGAAGUAAGAUCAUAAGACACAAGUGAAAUUUCAAGUUGCCCAUACUCUCAAAGCAGUCCAAUAUUGAUACGACUCACAAACACUAUGCAGCCCGUAUCCACAUAACAGUCCCAUGUGCAUUUCUAUCAUUUUUUUCUAACCUGACAGUUCGUAAUUUUUAACACAGGACUCCAAUAUAAAACAAUUGAAAAGAGAGUUUGUUCUAGAAAUUUUGAGAAAAAUAUCAACUAGUGACUGUUCCAUUAGGCUGAGUCGAUUUUCGGUCCUUUUUGAAUUUCUCAAACCCUGGGGUCGUAAAAGCUUCGUCUUGGUCCAAAACUCAUCCAUGAUUUUUUGUAGAAUUUUUGAGUAACGUUUACAUGAGUAAAUUUGAACUUUUAGGUUUGUAUGGGAAAAUUGAAUAUUUUGUACUGAAAAAAUCAACAUCAUUUUUGUUUCUUCUGUGGAACCGAGCCAGCUCACAGUUUGUGUGCCAAUUUAUAAAAUUCCUUAAGGAAAUUUUCCU